AUGUUUGUGGAUGAGCGGAUCCUAACUUUAUUUAAAAGGAAUGCCCAUCACACACUGACCUACUGGAGCGUUUUCUUCAGCUUUGGACUCUGCAUCGCCUUUUUAGGACCAACAAUUUGUGACUUGCAAAGUCAAACAAAGUCAACAAUCGAUCAGAUCACCUGGGUGUUUUUCUCCCAGCAGUUCUGCUUGUUGAUUGGCAGCUCUAUUGGUGGCGUCUUCAAGAGAACGUUGUUCAGUGCAUUGUCUGCCCUAUUUGUCUCUGCCCUCAUCAUCUCUGUAAUAUUUGCCAUUAUCCCACUGUGCACUAAUGUUCUCCUGCUUGCUGUUGCAAUGGCUGUGUCCGGGUUGGCAAUGGGAAUUAUUGACACUAUUGCUAACAUUCAACUGGUGACCAUCUAUCAGAAGGACUCAGCUGUCUUUUUACAGGCUCUUCAUUUCUUCAUCGGGUUCGGAGCCCUGGUGAGCCCACUGAUUGCAGAUCCUUUUCUCUCAGAGGGCGGCUGCGGCAACGGCACAGGGAACGGGUCUGAGAUCAUGCAUCAUGUCAGGCUCAUGCUGAGACACGCUCCAGUCCCAGAGCAUAACAUAACUCACAGCCAUUUAGCCCAUGGGGGAGAGGAGGAGGAGUCCACUGUGCAUUAUGCCUUCUGGAUCAUGGCCUUAAUCAAUCUGCCUGUGCCCAUUGCAGUCUUGUUCCUGAUGUAUCGCGAGCAGCUGAUCCCAUUCUGCCGUAGCGGCCCUCCUCGUCUUUUGGACAAAGAUGAACUAGCAAUGGAGAACCAGCAGGGGGCAGAGGGCACAGAGGUGGAGCAGAAGGAACAUGAAGCUGGAGGUCAUGGCGAUAUCUUUAGCUGCUGUCAGAAUGAUAACCUGCGUGGGCUGCCUGUGUCCUUCUUUAUGAUCCAUAUCCUCGGUGGGAUGGUGCUCUUCAUGACCGAUGGCAUUGUUGGUGCAUAUGCUGGAUUUGUGUACUACUACGGUGUGGCCCCGCCUAUGUCGCUGCAUCCCAAGACUGCAGGUUAUCUGGCCAGUAUCUUUUGGGCAGCGAUCACAGCUGGGCGUCUGCUGUCCAUUCCUCUCUCAUAUCGUUUUCAGCCUGUGAGGCUGCUCAUGGUUAAUCUGGCGGGUGCAAUAGUUACUGUUUUGAUGCUGCUAAUUUUCUACACCAGCAGCAUCUUUCUGUUUGUUGGGACUUGUUUAUGUGGACUUUUCCUCAGCAGCAUAUUCCCCUGUAUGCUCGCCUAUACUGAAGACAUCCUGGAUUACCAGGGAUGUGCCACAUCAGUCCUUGUGACAAGUGCAGGGAUGGGAGAGAUGGUGAUGCAAGUUCUGGUUGGCUCAAUUAUCCACACUGAAGGCAGCUACAGCUUCCUGCUGUGCGGAAUGAUUAUAGCCUGCAUCGGUUUUAUCGUCUUCAUUGGUCUCAUGCUGUUCCACCGAAUGCACAGGAAUUACCUCACAGGAACAUCGAAAAAGUCAGCCAUGGUGGAAGAACCAGCUACAGAGCAGGAUGGAAAAACAGAGCAGAAAGAGAGCAGCUGAGAGGGGUAGAAGCUGUGUUUUGUCCUUUACAUGCUACCGUAGAGGAUGAAAUAUCA